AAUGGCAUCCCAAAAGAUUUCAAAUGUCUCUUGGAAUGCUAAUGAAAUAAAUUUCAGCCAAAAUAUCAAGAAGCAGUGAAACCAAAGAACGGGGACAAAUUGAGAUAAAUGAGGGAUAUUUCUGUGAAAGAGACAGAAGGUGAACCUUAUCCAAAAGGCAAGAAAACCAAGCCACCAGCCAGCCAGCCAUCUUGAAGGGGGGAAAAAAAAAAUCUAUACCAGAUUAUUGUCUUCACAUCCAAAGGUUAGUCCCUCUGUGCUUGGCAGAUUCAAUGGCAGCCUCACUGCUUCCUCCUGCAAACCAGAUUCUCUCGCAAUCAAAGGCCCAUACCCUUUCUCUAUUAGAAAGAUGUUCAGACAUGGAAAAAGUAAAGCAGGUCCAUGCCCAAAUGAUCAAAACAGGCUUUGUUCGAGACAUCAUUCCAGCGAGCAGACUGCUAUCUUUCUGCAUAGCAACAUCAAAUUCCUGCAGCCUAGCCUAUGCUCGGAUGGUUUUCAAUGGAAUCUGCCAACCAAACACCUUCAUGUGGAAUACCAUGAUCAGAGGCUACUCAAACAGCAAAGACCCCAAGGAAGCUCUGAUUCUCUACUGUCAAAUGCUCCAUAACUCAGCUCCUCUCAAUGCUUACACCUUCCCUUUCUUGCUCAAGAGCUGUGCCAACCUAUCAGCCUUGGAGGAAACCCAACAAAUUCACUGUCAGAUCAUAAAAAACGGUUUCGGUUUGGAGGUUUUUGCAGCCAAUUCUCUUCUCCAUGUUUAUGUCAAAUCUGGCUGCAUCUCCUCCGCUCGUCAGCUCUUUGACAGGAUCCCACAUCGAGACACUGUUUCUUGGAACUCGAUGAUCAAUGGGUAUGCAAAGAAUGGAGAGAUCAAGAAUGCACGAGAAUUGUUUUGUCAGAUGCCAGCAAGGAAUGUUAUUUCUUGGACUUCAAUGAUUGCUGGAUGCGUCGAGUGCGGUCUUUUCAAGGAGGCCUUGAACCUCUUUCAGGAAAUGCAGGUUGCAGGUAUAGAACCAGACAAUAUAGCACUGGUGAGUGCACUUUCGGCGUGUGCUCAGCUUGGGGCCCUGGAUCAAGGAAGAUGGAUUCAUGCAUACAUCGACAAAAACCAAAUCUCAAUUGAUCCAAUUCUCAGUUGCAUUCUUGUGGACAUGUAUGCCAAGUGUGGCGAUGUAGAAGAAGCCUUCAGUGUAUUCACAAAGAUAGAAGAUAAAAGUGUUGCUGCAUGGACAGCCAUGAUUACUGGUUUUGCAACUCAUGGACGCGGAAGAGAGGCUCUUGAACUGUUCAUGGAAAUGAAGAAGGCAGGAAUCAAGCCCAAUGAGAUCACAUUCACGGGUGUCUUGACUGCUUGCAGUUAUGCAGGCCUGGUGGAAGAAGGGAAGCUGAUUUUCAAGAGCAUGAAAAGAACUUGUGAUGCGAGCCCAUUGAUCGAGCAUUAUGGGUGCAUGGUCGACCUUCUAGGCAGAGCUGGCCUUUUAAAGGAAGCAGAAGAGUUGAUCGAAACAAUGCCGAUGAAGCCAAAUGCUGCAGUUUGGGGGGCAUUGCUCAGGGCAUGCCAUAUACAUGGAAACUAUGACUUGGGUAUGCGUGUGGGCAACAUCCUGAUCAAAUUGGACCCUGGCCAUGGUGGUCGAUACGUGCAUUUGGCAAGUGUUUUUGCAGCAGCUGGGAAGUGGAAUGAAGCUGUGAUGGUGAGAAAGCUGAUGAAAGACAGAGGAGUUUCGAAGCUACCAGGAUGUAGUUUGAUUGAUCUGAACGGCACUGUCCAUGAGUUUUUUGCUGGAGACCAGUCACACCCAAAUACAGAAGAGAUCUAUUACACAUGGGAUAGGAUUUUGGAAAGAUUGAGACAGGAAGGAUACGUUCCUACUACUGAAAAUUUGCUACUCGAUCUGGAGGAGGAGGAAAAGGAAGCUGCAAUCCAUCAUCACAGUGAGAAGCUGGCAAUAGCAUUUGGACUUAUCAACACCAAUCCAGGUACAACGAUUCGGGUCAUUAAGAAUCUUCGAGUGUGCAAGGAUUGCCACACUGCAACAAAGCUCAUCUCCAAGGUUUACGCUUGUGAAAUUGUUGUGCGUGAUAGGACUCGCUUCCACCUUUUCAAAGAUGGGAAUUGUUCUUGCAGAGAUUAUUGGUGAAAUAGAGAGAUUCAUAUUGCCUUCAA